UCCCCUUCGUGCUGAGCGGUAGCUCCACCAAUCACAAGGGCCGGUCUCUCUCAGCUGAUCCCCACGGUCCGUGGUUUUGUACGCGGUGCAAGUUGCCCGCAACGACUGCGGGCGAGUUGUGCGAGUGGAGUUAAAACGUACGUGCCUCUUCGGUUAAAAGGCGGCACAUUUAUGGACUGCGUGUUGUGUACUUUUCAUCACUGACUAUUCUACUCGCAAACAAAAGUCUUUUCGCCACAGCGCCCGCCGGCCGUGCGGUAUUUUCGCUCACCUGUUGGUCACCCCUCGCUCAUCAUGGCCACGCGUGUUCGACCGAGCAGCAAGCGGUGUGCGGUCCUCGGGGGGUCCGGCUUCCUGGGCAGGCACCUGGCGGAGAAGCUGCUGGACCGCGGCUACUCCGUUUCUGUGUUUGACAUCCGCCAGAGCUACGAGCUGCCCGGUGUCACCUUCCACCAGGGAGACCUCUGCGACCAACAGGCUCUGCUGCCAGCUCUCAGGGAUGUGUCCCUGGUCUUCCACUGUGCCUCGCCGGCCCCUGGCAGCGACAACCGUGCGCUGUUCGAGAGCGUCAACAUUCAGGGCACACGCACCGUCAUCCAGGCCUGCAUCGAGGCCGGAGUGCAGAAAUUGGUCCUGACCAGCAGUGCCAGCGUGGUGUUUGAAGGCACGGACAUUAAGAAUGGGAGAGAGGACCUGCCGUAUGCCAAGAAGCCCAUCGACUACUACACAGAGACCAAGAUCGAACAGGAGAAGGUGGGAGAGCGGUAUUUUCAAUUGGUCCUCGCGGCUUGUGACAAGAAGAAGGGUUUCCUCACGGUUGCCAUCCGGCCUCAUGGCAUCUUUGGCCCUCGGGACCCACAGCUGGUUCCUAUCCUGGUGGAUACGGCUCGCAGGGGCAAGAUGAAGUUCAUCAUUGGUGAUGGGGCCAACUUGGUGGAUUUCACCUUUGUGGAGAAUGUAGUUCAUGGACACAUCCUGGCUGCUGAGUGCCUGAGGCCGGACUCCCCUAUAUGUGGUAAACCAUACCACAUCACCAACGACGAGCCAGUUAGAUUCUGGGACUUCAUGUCUGAGGUGUUGGUGGGGCUGGGAUAUGCCGCUCCACGCUACCACCUCCCCUACACCCUCGUUUAUGGGCUGGCCCUGCUCCUCUGGCUGCUGGCCCUGAUCCUGCGCCCCCUAGUGUCCUUCAAACCCACUUUUACUCCAAUGAGAGUGGCUCUGGCUGGAACGCACCACUACUACAGCUGUGAACGUGCCAAGCGGGACAUGGGCUACAAACCGGUGGUCAGUCUGAAGGAAGGGAUCGCCCGUACAGUGCAGAGCUACCCUCACCUCAGACAAGGGGCUUGAUGGGUGAAUGGAGAUAAAGACUGUUGAGACACGUAAUGCUGUGGAUGUUAGUACAGUUAUGCUCAUGGUGAGAACGAGGUGAUCGGGUCACACCGAAUGGACAAAUGAAAAUGAGGAGACAGUUUAUCUUUAUCCAUACAUCACAAUGUGUAGCAUUUCUGUGCCUUUUCAACAUCUAUGUAGGAUUUUCGCCAGCAGAUGGCAGCAGACGGUCCUGGUUUUGGGUAACACAUUGCAGUAUGAUAUUACACAAGUUUUGAAGCACUUAGCAAACAGUUUAUGUCAACUGAAAUAUGAACUUACACUUUGCAAACUGCAAAGAAUUACAAAUGUUCUUGUUCAGUUUUCAUGCUUCACUGUACACAGAUUGAGAUACUGCUGAAAAUGCCUUAAUAAAUUCCAUUAAAUGAUGGUUCUCCUGAUA